CUGUAAUUAUAUUAAUAAUUGAUGAUAGUAAUUGUCCAUGUUCAUAACAAGAUUACAUAUUAGAGCAAGUGGUAAUAUUAUUUAUAACAAGAUUAUACAUUAUAACAAAAACGAGAUCAGAGCAAAUGGUAAUAUUAUUUUCCGGCGGAGCAUCAUUUAGUGGUAGUGGUAAUUAUAAACGGUGUUGAAACUGAAAGAAUGGCCGGGGCUGCACGAACGCAAAUCCCCUCUGCCACAAAUAAUGACGUAGGCUCUUCUUCAUGGGAAGACCUUAAGCUAAGCACCCCUCCGUGAUGUGCAAUGGAGGUCACUAGCCUAGGCCACUCGUCUGCAUGAUCACGAGUUGACUCCGUCCAGGUAAGUAAUUAGCUCGUACACACCGCUUCUAUAUUUAUACCCCUGCUUCCCUAGUCAUUUCUAUGGGUUUGAGCGAUGUGGGACUUUUUAUAGAUUUGGAUUUGCGCAUUUAUUAAAUUAACAAAGUAAAGAGACGACGACAGUUAUGAGUUAUGGUCUCACGUAAUUAUCUCCUCUUCCCCACACACUCUAUUCUCUCGCCGGAGAUUUAUACUUUACAGUGCAAAACUGACGCACAUUUCAAGUAAACUCAAACCCUAGUUUCGCCGGAAAACUCUCAAAAACCCGAUGGAGAAAUCAUCCACUAUAUAAAUCUCUCCUCACUGCUCACAUUUCGCAAUGUUGAUUUCCCAAUGUCGGAGAUGACAGCUGCAAUUUCGGCUUCGUUCAACGCCGCUAAACAGAACAAACCGCCGUCGUUUCCGUCGGAAACACCGCAUCGCCGUCCUAAAUCACGAGAUGUACCGUCGCGUUACCUUAACGGCGCUUCCUCUUUUUCGUCGUCGUCGGUUUUCCACCAAUCGUCGUCACCGUCCUCCGCGGCGAAGAGAUGUCAAUCGCCGAUUGUUACUCGGCCGGUGACUCCGUCUGUUGCUAUAAAUCGGCCGAGAUCAACACCACGUCGUGAGGCGUUAGAUCGACGAGGUAGUGGUGGAGAGGUUUCUUCAGCGCAGAGAAUGUUGUUGACUUCUGGGAGAAGCUUGUUUGCGUCGUUUCAGGCGGAUUCGUUCACAGGGAGUGAGUUUAGAUCGAAGCUAAACUCAUCUCCGGGGAGAGGAACAGUAGAGAAGAAGAAGAAGACGAUUCCGACGGCAACAACAUCUAGGAGUUGUGGAGCUCAGCAAGAGAAGACAAAGCUCAAUGAGCAAUGGCCUAGGUCUCUGCAACCGAGUUGUUUGAGUAGAAGUGUAGACUUCACUGAUACUAGGAAGAAACUGAACGGAUCUGGCAAUGGUGUGGCUAGAGCUCUUCAGAAUUCCAUGGUGAAUAAUAGACCGCGGAUGACGAGAGAUUCAUCGAGUGUUGAAUUAGAGACUGAGAGUGUUUCUUCUGGAAGCUCUAAUGGAAGAGGGAAGUUGUUACCAGCUCGUGGCAAUGUGGUUAAGGGGAGAGUUCCGCAAUUGGCUAGUAAUCGGUCGCAGCAUCGGUUAGAGCCUGGCUCACAGGUUGCUAAAUCUAAUGGACUGAGGAAGGUAUCGGUGGAUGCUCAUGUGUUGUCCCCAAAAGGAAGCCAAUUGUUUUCAAAGAGUGAGCAGAUUCGACCUGCUUCACCUAGCAAGUUUGGUAUGAUUGCAGCUUCCUCGAGAGGAGCCAGCAUUGCUAGAGGAAUAAGCCCUUCGAGAGGCGUGGUUCCUCCAAGAGGGAUUAGCCCUUCAGGCAGGAUGAGCCCACUAAGAGUGAGAAGCUCCCUGACUAAAAACAUGCCUUUGGUUCUGAAUUCUGCUGUGGAUGUUAAAGAGAAGAUCAGAGAUAAUGGUGUUGCUGAUGCUCACUUGUUAAAGCUAUUACACAAUAGGUUGCUGCAGUGGCGAUUUGCUAAUGCACGAGCAAAUGCUGUUAUCUCUUCACAAAAGUUGAGAGCGGAGAAAAGAUUGUACAAUGCAUGGAUAAGUAUCUCUAAGCUGUAUGAUUCUGUCAGAGCGAAAAGAAUUGAAUUGCAGCACCUGAAGCAGAACUUGAAACUGAUAUCUAUUCUCAAUAGUCAGAUGGAACAUCUAGAAGAGUGGUUGGUUAUGGAACGGGAUUAUAUGAGUUCUUUGGUAGGAGCUGCUGAAGCGUUGAAAGGCAGCACGCUUUGUCUACCUGUUGAUUGCGGGGCAAUGGUAAACGUACACAGUGUUAAGGAUGCCAUUUGCUCAGCAGUUGAUGUUAUGCAAGCAAUGGCAUCUUCCAUAUGUUUGUUGCUGCCAAAGGUUGGGAAGAUAAGCAGCUUGGCAGCAGAACUUGGCAGUGUAAGCGUCAAGGAGGAAAGGAUGCUCGACGUGUGCCGGGACCUCCUAAACACAAUAUCAGCUCUGCAGGUAACGGAAUGCAGUUUGAAGACACAGAUUACACAGCUACGAUAGUUAAAGUGACAAAAGUUAACAGAAUGUAAGUACGAAAGCCACUCAAUAUGGUCAAAUUUUGGAGUUAUGAGAAUGUAAGGAGAUCAUCUGAUUCAAAUAGGGGGGCCAAUUCAGUUUGAUAGUUUAACUUUAACAACAAGAAGUCUGGUUGUAAAUAUACAAGUCGUGGUUUAAAUCAAAUUUAAUUUGCUGUGCUACUUCUGUU